CAUGUGAGUUUGCAGAUGACACCACUCUAUUUUUGAAAGAUACCAGGGAUCGAGAGUCCCAUAGGGUGGCGCACAAUUGUCCCAGCGUUGCCCGGGUUAGGGGACAGUUUGCCCGGUGUAGGCCGUCAUUGUAAAUACGAAUUUGUUCUUAGAGAUUUUCAAUAUAGCGUCUUUCAUGUCACAGUCCACAAGAUGGCAGACUUGAGCUACUGUAUCAUCGCUCGCCAUUUCAUCCGAGAGAAGUAUUGUUGGUGAGAUCAAACAGGCUGAGGGAUACAAUUGUAAGAAUUGUGCCCAAUUUAUGUAACAAUUUAACCAUCAAUAGUAGAGCAUUGGAAACCAUUGAACAGACCAAGCCUUAUAAAUUAGUUCAUAAAAAAACAAACAUUUUUGCACAAAAAUAAUCCAAUUCUACCACCGGCGUAGGAUAUUUGUGCAGUCUACGGGGGGCUUGCUUGUUGCUAUUGGUCAAUGGUGCAAUGUUUUUUCUGACUCAGUGGUGUUUGAUGAUGUCAUGUUGCUCACGAGUAGAAGGCUGAUUUUUUUUUAGAGUCAAAGGGCUGAGUAGGUGAGUGGAGUGCAAACUACAACUUUCGAAAAUAUUCAGGAAAUACAUUUCUAAUCCUACGGGGUGGAAACAUUUUCAUCUAUUGGAUUUAUUGCUUGAGGAAUUUAUUUCUGUACAAUGAGGGAUUGACAUCAAGGUGUCUACAUCGUCUUUGUAGAAAGGCAAGACUUUUUCCAGCCAUGGAACGCUACAGAAUAUAAGGGACAGUUUUUGUGAAAGUCCCGUUGAUGUCAAAUCUAGGAAACGAAUGGUUUGGCGUAACUAGGAUUAACUGGUUGCUGGACAGUUCCACAAGGCGAUGCCACCCCAGGGCGACGGAGAUUAUAAACCUGUAGCGGUGUCGGCGGCGGUCCCACCGGUUCCUCCUCGGAGGGUUCGGAGCAGAGAGUCGUUUUCUGGCUCCAAGUGUCGGCCCGGUGGCGGAGAGCGCAAAGUGAAGUGUGUGCUUGUCGGUGACGGCGCAGUUGGGAAGACGAGCUUGAUUGUCAGCUACACCACAAAUGGAUAUCCAACUAAAUAUGUCCCAACUGCCUUUGAUAAUUUUUCAGUGGUCGUGGCAGUUGAUGGCAAGCCAGUGAAACUGCAGCUUUGUGACACAGCAGGGCAGGAUGAGUUUGACAAGCUGCGUCCGCUCUGCUACACCAACGCAGACGUCUUCCUGCUGUGCUUCAGUGUCGUCAGCCCCUCCUCCUUCCAGAACAUAACAGAGAAAUGGGUGCCGGAGAUUCGCCGGCACUGCCCGCAGGCGCCGGUGGUUCUGGUGGGCACCCAGUCAGACCUGCGGGAGGAUGUUCAUGUUCUGAUUGAGCUGGCUAAGUACAAAGAGAGGCCAGUGGAGCCCCAGGAGGCCCAGCAGUGUGCCGAUGACAUGAGGGCCGUGUCAUACAUGGAGUGCUCCUCACUCACCCAGAAGAACCUCAAAGAGGUGUUUGACGCAGCCAUUGUGGCCAGCAUCCAGCACUCUGACAGUCAGCAGCAGCAUCGACUGAAAAAACGGACUCCAGACAAGAUGAAGAAGCUUUCUAAAUCAUGGUGGAAGAAGUACUGUUGCGUGGUUUAGCCUCUAUCUGUGUGUGUGACAGGACGGACGCAAAGGUUCCAAUUUUGCUUCCAUGUCAGCACGUUAACAGACUUCAGGGGCAGUAAGGAAAACAGUGACUGGAAUAUGGAUGCAGGUUUGGUCUGGAGUAUCUGAGUUAUGUGUAGGUUAGGCCUCAAUGACCCCAUGCUAUUUUUGCUUUACCAACGUGAGCUGCACUGGAGACAGAGCUGACUUCACUCAAAGAAUACUCAUUGACUUUCCACUGCCUUAUAUCCAUGAUCCUAGGGGGGGGGGCAGCUUCUACAUGGACGACUGUGGAAGAUGAAGCCCUCUUGAUAACCAGGAGGGCUUAUGUUGUUAUAUCAUUGUUUUAUUAACCUGGUUUACUCUGACCUUUCCCAUGGUAAGUGUACAGUAUGUAAACUCAGAUUCAUUUAGCAUAUGAGAUUGAGUCAACUUUCCGAUGUGGGAUUUAACAUCUCUUUGAUUUAGCAGUGUCUAUGGUAAAAAUAAAAACAAUCUGUGCGGUAAUCGGAUAAUGCGAGGA